CGUGAUGUCUACGUCAAGUUUCCGAAUGCAGACGAUGUUGUUCCCCCCCAGCACUCGUCGGGUUUUUAUCUUUGACAACAACCUGGAAUUGUCGUAGUAAUAAACCCAUCUGCAUGCAAUUGGCUUUUGUCGAGACGUACGUGCUCAGAAACUUGUCGUGGAAACGACAACGAUUAAACUCUCUCCGAAAUAGUUUUCGUUCAAACAAAGGAAAUGAUGAUUUUUGAGAGAAAUUUACUUGUGCUCUAUGGAAGUCAAACAGGAACUGCCCAGGAUCUGGCAGAAAGAAUAGGAAGAGAAGCUCUUAGAUUUCGAUUCAAUGUCAAGGUAUUGGAAAUGGAUGACUUUGAAGUCCAACUUCUACCUGACCAGCAUAUUGUCAUAUUUGUUUGCUCGACAACAGGACAAGGAGAAGAACCAGACAAUAUGAAAAAAUUCUGGAGAUUUCUACUGAGGAGAGAUUUGCCUCAAAAUUCCUUGUUGGCAAUGAACUUUGGUGUUCUAGGGUUGGGUGACUCGUCUUAUCAGAAAUUCAACUUUGCUGCCAAGAAAUUACACAAACGACUUCUGCAGCUUGGGGCCAAACCAAUUCUCGAUCCUGCAUUGGGUGAUGACCAGCACGACAUGGGCUUAGAUGCUGCCAUAAACCCUUGGCUGGAAAACCUUUGGCCAAUGAUUUUACAAAUGUUCCCAUUACCUAAAGGCAUUCAACCACUCAGUCCAGACUUUCUACCUCCUGCUAAAUAUUCAGUUACGAAAAUUGAUUCUGUCACAUCAACAGCCCAUCAGUCACCUACUAGUCAUCCUCCUUAUUAUUCCGCCAAGAAUCCUUACAAUGCGGAGGUAUCAAAAAACGUUCGAGUCACCUCCGCCGAACAUUUCCAGGACGUUCGACUCAUCACUUUCGAUCUGAACGAUUCAGGCAUCACCUAUAGCCCUGGAGAUGUUGUAUUGGUCCAACCGACCAACUCGGACGACAAAGUUGACAUGCUCUUUCAAGUUUUUCCUCAACUUGCCAAAUACCAACGCCUGUCUCUCAGCAGCAACAAAGUCGAGACCAAAUUGCCUCCAGAUUGGAUCCUUCCGGCCGCUGGAUUCACGAUCGAAGAGUGCGCCCGUCGCUAUUGGGACUUCCUAUCUAUUCCCAGGAAGUCUUUCUUCGAACUUUUGGCUCGCUUCAGUUCUGACGAGAUGGAACGCGAAAAAUUGCUCGAAUUCGUCUCGGCAGAAGGACAGCAAGAAUUAUUCAAUUACUGCAACCGACCUCGACGAACUAUGCUAGAAGUUCUCCACGAUUUUUAUAAAUCCGCUGCCCAGGUGCCAGUCGAAUACUUAUUCGAUUUGAUUCCGGCCAUCAAACCCAGGGCAUUCUCCAUCGCUUCUAGUGCCAAGACUAACCCGAAGCAAUUACAAAUCCUUGUAGCAGUGGUCCAGUACAAGACGAAACUGUCUGAACCUCGGCGUGGGCUAUGUUCCACUUGGCUGAGUAAACUAGUCUCUGGAGUGCGAAUUCCGCUAUGGGUUCGUUCAGGGACAUUGCGCUUUCCGACCGACCCGACGACACCUGUGAUAAUGAUCGGUCCCGGAACGGGCUGCUCGCCUUUCCGCUCUUACAUCAACGACCAGAGGUGCUGUGAAACAACUGGAAGUGAACGAGAUCUCUACCUCUACUUUGGCUGCCGCAAUCGAACCCACGAUUUCUUCUUCUCCGAUGAGUGGCUGUCAUUAGAGCAACAAGGACGUUUGCAUCUUUCCUGCGCUUUUUCUAGAGACCAACCGGAUAAAAUAUAUGUUCAACACCGGAUGGAUGAACAAAGAUUACUGCUGCGUCGGCUGUUGAUCAAUCAGCGAGCCUGGGUCUUUGUAGCCGGAAACGCCAAGCAAAUGCCCGAUCAGGUGACGCAAGCUCUUCGGAUGGCCUUGAUGAUUGAUGAAGACGGCGCCAGUAACAAUGACGCCUGGACUCUGGAUAAAGCCAAUCACUACAUCACAGAAAUGAUCAAGCAAUCACGUUUGCAGCUGGAAACUUGGUCAUAAUUAGAAUGAUGAUAAUUGAUAAUGGAAAAAAAAGUCGAUUGUAUUGUUGCGGGGCAAUCGUCGUUUCUUCCUUGUGCGCUUUUUCUUUUAUACUUAUCUGCUGUGGCGUAACACAUGAGA